AUGUUCAUCAAAGAACAGGUGGAAGAUGUGAAUGCUUCAAUGGUUGAAGGUGUUCAGUUUUGUCAAGUAGCACUUACUGCUACUCCCAGAUGGAACUCUCCAGCAGUAGAGCUACAGAGGUCUUUUAGUUGUUUUGAUGGUCGAGCACGGACCAACGGAACAACAUUUAGGGUGCCCGACUUUGCACUUGGCCACAAGAUCAAUUUUAUCUUUCUGAGGUCUUCCAACUUUCAAAAUAUCAACAACUACGAUAAUUAUGGGAACAAAACAAUCACAAUGAAGUUAAAAACUCUGGAUGAAAUGCCACAAAGGAGAUUUAGAUAG